UAAAAGUACCCGGCGGUGUGAUAAUAGCAUCUGUUAACAGAUCCAUAGCGAGAUCAAUAGUUCACUAGUACGUUGACGGUCGCCGUUCAGUGCGUUUGUUACUUUUAAUUAGCGAGUAAUGGUUUUGCCUAGCCGUCAGUUGUUUUUGAGCCAGCGUCUCGUGACGGAGGAUGGAGUGUCAGACGGUGGCGUCCUCGUCGAUGAAAAUGGCGUUAUCGAAAAGAUUGUCACCCGAGCGCAGGCCGACAAACUUGUACAAGAGAUCGAUGGAAAGAUAAAGGUGAUCGAUGGAGGGUCACUGGCGCUGUUGGCAGGCGUAGUGGAUUCCCAUGUGCACGUGAACGAACCAGGUCGCACAGCUUGGGAAGGGUUCCGGACUGCAACCACCGCCGCCGCGGUUGGCGGCAUCACCACCAUCGUUGACAUGCCUCUAAAUUCCAUACCGCCUACUACUACCGUCGAAUACUUGAAAACCAAGGCAUCGUCAGCCAAAGGCAACGUUUACGUUGACGUCGGUUUCUGGGGAGGCGUUAUUCCUGGAAAUCAGGACUCGCUGAAAGACCUGGUGAAGGCGGGCGUAGUGGGAUUUAAAUGCUUCCUGUGUCCCAGCGGCGUUGACGAGUUUCCAAACGUAGACGCCGCCGAUCUGGAGAAGGCAUUUAAGGCUUUAGAAGGAACGGGAUCUUUGUUAGCUUUCCACGCUGAAAUGGAAGAUGAAAAACCUAAAAGUGGCAACAAGAAAAAGUUAAAAAAAGAUCCCGAAGAAUAUUCAACGUAUCUCGAGUCACGCCCUCCGAUUAUGGAACUGAAUGCUAUUACAUUAAUUACGAAGUUAUUACAAAAUACAAAAGUGCGCGUGCACAUAGUGCAUGUGUCAUCGGCCAGCGUGGUGCCGCUACUGGAAGAAGCCCGCGUAGCGCGCCGCGCAGCCGGGCAUGAAGGCUGGCGCGCCGGCGUCACCGCUGAGACCUGCCACCAUUACCUCACCUUCAGUGCCGACCAGAUACCCAGAGGACGCAGCGAGUACAAGUGUGCGCCGCCGAUCAGGGAUCUGGACAACAAAGAAAAAAUAUGGGAAUAUCUAUUAGAAGACAAAUUGGAUCUGGUCGUCUCGGACCACUCACCAUGCACCCCUGAACUGAAAACGUCGAACAAUUUAGAAGCCUGGGGUGGCAUUUCGUCUGUCCAGUUUGGUCUGUCACUCUUCUGGACUGCGGCGAGUUCCCGCAAGCUUAGUCUGCCGUCCAUCAGCAAAUACCUGAGCGCAGGCCCGGCCCGGCUGUGCGGCCUGCAGGACCGCAAGGGCGCCCUAAAGCCUGGGCUUGAUGCCGAUCUUGUGUUCUUUGACCCUGAGGCCACGUUUACAGUUACUGCUGAAUCCGUGCGGCACAAAAAUAAGCUAACUCCAUACAUCGGCAGGGAGCUACGAGGGGUGGUAAAAGAAACAUACCUGCGAGGGCGACUCAUUUACGGCAACGGGGACAUCACGGGAGGGCCUAGUGGAGAGCUGCUGUUGAACAAAUUUUAAGAAGACUAAUAGAUGUUUGGAACGUUAUUUUUUAAACUUAAUACUUUGUUUGAUUUUAUCCCACUAAGUACGGUAUCUUGGCUCUUUUAGAAAAUUAACCUUUAUAGCCCUUAACUUUUGGGUAUCUACCGGAAAGGCGUGAACACAGUUUUUGUUUGGCCCUAAAAUAUAGCAAUAAUUCUUAUUCUACUAUUUAUACCUUAAGAUGUAGUGUAUGAUUGUUAUUCUAAAUUAUCCAAAUAUAAUUUACGCUGCACAGAUGUUCGAAAUCAACUCUUUCAAAAUAGUAGAAACGCGUUAUUUUAAAUAGUAUUAAACGUUUCUUUUUGUUUCGAAUUCCAGGCUACUUGAACAGCCGUGUCAAUUGGCUAUAGGCAAAGUUAGGCUAAGUACCUAUGACCAGAAAAUACAUAUGUAGGUAUACAUGAGGUAUAAGUACAUAUAUAACAAAUUAAUAAUAUAUAUCCUACAGGACCGGCAUAGAUACUUGACGUAGUAGGUGCUUAAUAUAUACGAUUGGAUGCCAAUCUGCACGCCUCUCCGGUGUUGGUGUUCGGGGGGGGAUCAGAGGGCCUACCGCGGAAAUCUAUUUCAUCAUCGGCUUCUCUAUCAUCGUCAUCACUGACAGACAGACGAACCCUAAUAAUUGUGAUGGUAUGAA